CUGCCGAGUCUGCAGUGAUAUAACCUCAAAGUUAUGGAAGCCUAUAAUUAAUUUCGUUUGUGAAUUUUGCUUUUCCUACUAAAAUUAGUGGUAGCUUAAGCUUACAUUUGUGAUCAUUACAAAAUGAAAAAAAAAAUUCAAUGUAUGUUAUACAACGUACUUUUUUCUCAAUGUUUAACGUCCUUGGCUUUGUCCUAAUAGUCAUAGUUCAAGGUUUGUAAACAAAUUUAUUAUGGUAAUGUGGUAUUAUUAUUCAUCCACAGAAUUGUGCGCCUUCCAAACUUGUUAUUCAUCGCGUAAGUUGAAUUUGUAGCGUCUAUUAGAUAACAUCUAAUAAUCAUUGGGUCUAAGUCAAGUUUAAGAUGGACAAAGAAAGCAUUUUCAUUCAACGGUUGAUUACUCCGGUGAGCAAAAAAGACCGUUUAGUUUCGUUUUUUAAGAAUCAACAGUUCGUGGAUUGUACAUUUAAAUUAGAUGGAAGUGAAGUUAAGGCCCAUAAGUUAAUAUUGGCAUGCAGCAGUCCUGUGUUUGAAAGAAUGUUAUAUGGUGAUAUGGCCCAGGAUACUAUAGAAAUUUGUGAUAUAAAUGUACAAGAAUUUAAUCAAGUGCUAGAACAUAUUUAUACUGAGAAUAUUGAUAUUUAUUCCAUGCUAAAUGCUUGGAAUUUAUUUUAUAUAGCUAAUAAAUAUUUGCUGGAUGAAUUGAUUCACGAAUGCCUCACUUAUAUCAGAAAUAAUUUAACUAUGAGUUCUGUGGUACUAAGUUACGAAUAUGCUGAAAUGUAUGAUCUGCUAGAUAUUAAGCAAAAAUGCUUUGAUGACAUGGUAAAUUAUAUUAAUGGAGUAUUCUAUUGUGAUUAUCACAUUAAACCUUCUACAGUAAUUGCUAUUUUAGAUAAAGUUUCUAGUCUCAGCUUUGAUUUAUUAGUUAAAAUUAUUAAAUGGGGUGUUAUUGAAUGUGAAAAUCGACAAAAACAAGUUCUACCCAGUAAUGUAGUAGAAUUAUUGAGGGAAGAAAAAAUUUUGAAGUAUUUUAAAAGAGAUUGUUUAGAUUUUGGUAAUUUCCAACAAGUUGAUGAACAUUUAGUGAAGGAUACUUUAGUACUACUCAGUGAUCUCUUAGAGUGGUCAAAAGAACCUUUUGACUUGAGUGUACCCCCAAUUAUUACCCCAAAAUAUUGCAGAAUGAGAAAAGAAUUUAAAAUAGCUUUGAGAAUCGAUCUGCUCCAAAAUGAAGAGUUUGCUUCUGGAUUUAGUGUAGAUAGAAAAAUGAUUAUCUUUGGUAUAUCAAUAAAUACACCAAUGGAGCCACCUUGUAUAUCAAAAAAAUUAUUUUAUGAGGGCGCAAUAUCUGUUAGAAUCUGCCAGUGUGAUACUCAAAAAGAUGUUGUGGAACCAAUGAAGUUUAACAAAUUAAUACCUUACAAUUUUUCUGAUAUUUAUUUAAAUUUUUAUAAUUUAGCAGUUCUUGAACCAAAUGUUUUGUACAAUUUUAGAAUCUCUUUUAAUAAUCCUAAUUUUAAAGGAACUACUCCUCUACAUUGUUAUUAUAUGAGUAAUAAGUUGUUAAGUGAAAAUAAAGAUAGUGCUAUAACUUUUUAUGAAAUUAAUGGUACGAUUAUUAAAGGGGUUUCCUUUUACCCUGAUUAGUUUAUUUAUUUAAGAAAUGUAAGAAUAUAUUCUCUCUACAAAAUGUACAUAUCAUACUCACAUAAGUGUCAAAAGAAUAUGAUCUAGAAAAUGUAAAAAAGUUUUAAUGCCACAAUAAUAUAAAAAAAGUAAUAAGAAGUUAUAUAUGUUGGUUGUAAACGAAUUGAACUUUUAAUUACUUUAUAAUUGCAUACCUGUAGAAAAAAAAUGGUGUGUCUAUGAUUAAACUGCCAUCAAAAACGCAGGGGCGUGCAUAUUUUACUAAGAUAUUUGAUGUUUAAUUACAAAAAGUUAUAGGGUACAAGUAAACGAUGUAUAUUUUUGAAGUCUGAAAACAAAAAUCCAAAAGUUUAAAAAAAAAUAUUUUUAUUGCAUCCCCUGGAAUCUACACUAUGUUGUUGAUAGCAUUUUAACAAAAUUCAGUCAUAGCCACACAACAAUGAUAAGAGGUGGAUAAUUUAUAAUGAAUAACACUGUAUCAUCACUUUUAGGCAUGGUGCAGGUGUUAAAAAAAACAAUUAUUUACUUGGUUUAUUUCAAGGUUUACAUCACAUGUAUUUUACUGUCAAAUUUAAAGAUUAUGAAACCAUGAGGUAUUAAAUAUUUGUGUUUUAAUUAGUACUAACUAUGCAUUGUGUUUGUUAUUGUAACUAUACGUAAAAUGUGUGACUGGUUCCUGUUAAUAAUGAUGUAAACAAAAUAAAUGUGUUUAAAUA